AUGACGAGGAUGAUGAUGGAAGGUGCGGUCACGUCGCCGAACCUCGCUCGUGGGGUCUUGUUUGGUCGGCAUGCACAACGUCUCCACGCUGAAGGGUCAACUUUAACUCUAUACUACAGCUUCAAAGCUCACUUCACAUACUCCCUCUGCCGCGCCCUCUCAAUCCUCGGCUACGAGAACAUCUACCACGGCCUCGAAGUCGCCAAUGCCUUACCCUCAGUCCAAAAGGCCUGGACGCUCUUGGGUCGAAGGAAAUGGGGUCCUGGUGCCGCGAUAGAUGGCAGAGAGAUUCGUCUGGAAAAUUUCGAUGCUUUGCUGGGACAUUGUGAGGCUGUGACGGAUCAGACUUGUGCCUGUUCCAUAUCUGCUACCUUUGGUGUCUACUUCCGUAGCGCGUCAUAUCCCUACUUCCCCUCUUUCUCCACGUCGCUCUACUGGUUUAAGCAAGUCUUCCUGAUGUACGAGAAAAGGGUACUCCCAAAGCUCGAUGCUGCGAAUUGGCAAACGUAUUAA